AGCCCCUCCGGACGCGGAGGUUCAGCGCCGCGGGCGGCAUCUGGUCUGUGCGCACUGCGGGGCCGAGGGCACCCCCUGGCCGCGCUGCCCGGCCCCCCCAGCUGGCCGCUGAUGGGCAGCCUGCCCGACGUGCUCUGGAAGGGGGGGCUCAAGAGACAGCACGAGACGCUGGCUGAGUACCACAGGAGGUUUGGGAAGAUUUUCCGCAUGAAGCUGGGGGCUUUCGACUCGGUUCACAUCGGAGCCCCCUGCCUGCUGGAAUCUCUGUACCGCCGGGAGAGCGCCUGCCCGCAGCGCCUGGAGAUCAAACCCUGGAAAGCCUAUCGGGACUAUCGCGACGAGGGCUACGGGCUGCUGAUCCUGGAAGGAAAGGACUGGCAGAGGGUGAGAAGCGCCUUUCAGAAGAAACUGAUGAAACCCAAGGAGGUUGUGAAACUGGAUAACACGAUCAAUGAGGUCCUGGAGGACUUUGUGUAUAGAAUAGGUGAUAUUUGUAACCACAAUGGACAAAUAGAAGAUGUAUAUUCAGAAUUCAACAAAUGGUCAUUUGAAAGUAUCUGCCUGGUGCUGUAUGGAAAGAGGUUUGGUCUCCUACAGCAGGAUGUAGAAGAAGAAAGCUUGAACUUCAUCAAGGCUGUUAAAACGAUGAUGGCUACUUUUGGAAUGAUGAUGGUGACCCCCGUGGAACUUCACAAGGGUCUGAACACAAAAGUCUGGCAAGCUCAUACUAAAGCAUGGGAUGACAUAUUUAAAACAGCCAAGCACUCAAUUGACAGUCGGCUGGAAAAGCACUCUGCAAACCCUCAGGAGGAUUUCCUGUGUGACAUCUACUCCGGAGGACAGCUUUCCAAGAAGGAGCUGUAUGCCACCAUUGCAGAGCUCCAGAUUGCUGGAGUUGAAACGACGGCCAAUAGUUUGCUGUGGGCUUUGUACAACAUUUCGCGCAAUCCACACGUUCAGCAGAAACUUCUUCAGGAAAUACAAAGUGUUUUGGCUGCCAAUGAGAGCCCAACUGCUGAGAGCAUUAAGAAUAUGCCCUACCUAAAAGCAUGUCUGAAAGAAUCCAUGAGAUUAACACCAUCUGUGCCAUUUACCACUCGCACCAUCGACACAGAAAUGAUUCUAGGAGAUUAUGUACUACCUGAAGGGACAGUGCUAAUGAUAAAUAGCCAUGCCUUGGGUUGCAACGAAGAAUACUUCAAUGGCUGGACUCAGUUUAAGCCAGAGCGCUGGCUGCAGAAGCACUCAAUAAAUCCCUUUUCCCAUGUCCCAUUUGGCAUUGGGAAGCGGAUGUGCAUUGGCCGCCGCUUAGCAGAGCUGCAGCUCCACUUGGCCCUGUGCUGGAUCAUUCGCAGGUACCAAAUUGUAGCGACCGACGACAAACCGGUGCAAACCCUGCAUUCAGGAACCCUGAUCCCCAGCCGGGAGCUCCCCAUCGCAUUUCACAGGCGCCCGCAACGUGAGAAAUGACAAUCCUACUGCUGCCUUUCCUGAAAAAGCACAGACUGGGAAAGCCGAAACCCGUGGUAACCAAUGGAGAAAUUGCAACACGCAUCCCUCAGACAAUUGCUAAGACAGAAGCAGUAGCAACAAAAGCUCCCCUAGUAUUUUAUUGGAAAAUGUGGUUAGUUAGUUCAGCUGUACUUAGCAAAGAUAAAAGGGAAGAAAAAUGCAAUGCACAUUCACAUACCUAUGGAAAUACUCUGGUUUAGUGCAACAGAAGGACUGUGCAUGACAGAGCUUGAUCACGAGCUGUGGAAUGGCAUACACAGCUGCUGUUAGAGCACAGGGGAAACUAUUACAGAUACAAGCUCUACCAGGGGAGCAACAGUCACUGCUGCACUGGUCCUGUUAGCUCAGUGCUGAAGAGCUUUGAGAAGCAACCUUAAAGGAAAAGGACCUUGCUCUGCUGAACAAACUUAACAGCAGGGCUUAAAAAUUAGAUUAUUGAAAUAAGUAUAUUUUCCUUAAAGUUAUUCACAUCCUUCAUAGAAGGGGAGUAAGGACAAAGCUGUAUAAUGGGAUUUAUUCCUCGUGCCUGCGCGGUGCUUCAGUUUGAACAUUUGCAAUACUGUGCCUGCCACACGAUCUGCUUAUACUACAGGGUAUCAUGCCUUCAACCCCCAUCACACCCUCACAGCAAAAUAUUAGCUGCCUUUUUUUUAUAUGAGAGGCCUUAUUCAGUAAUGGAAUCGCUGGAAUCCUAUGGGUUCUGCCACUAUUAGAUGAUGAUUAUCCUAACAGGAUAGUUCCUUCAGCAGAUUAGUGAUGUAAAAUGCAUGUUUAAAGCAUCACAAGAGAUAAGAAACCUAAACGUUUCCAAGAGCUCUAUUUUUUGUGGAGAUUACACCUGUGUCUAUAGGUUAAAGAUGUCACUGCCCUGCAUGCCAUGCCGUAUAUUAGCUAUUAUGGUCACUCGUAUAUUUUUCCCAAGAUACAGUUUCAAGUGAAGGUUUUAAUACAUAUACCCAUGAGUGAUUAUUGUUAUUUUGUUGUAUCCGACAUGAUGCGAGUUCUUAGUGUUUGCUGUCUCCUAUGGCAUUUUGUUUGUUUGUUUGUUUUCUUCUGGUGUUAGUUAUACCCAAACAUUUGAAUGUGUCCAUAUGCCAAUGUCUACAGCAAUUCGUGCAUUAUUUGAA